AUGACUUCGUCGCUUGUCUUCAUCACCGGCUCAACCGGCUUCAUUGGCACCCAUGUGUUGCAGAAAACCUUGGAAGCGGGCUACAAAGUUCGUCUGAGUUUACGGAAAGAAUCACAGAUCAGCGACAUUAAAGUUCUUUUCUCGAAAUACACUUCCCAGAUCGACUAUGCCAUCAUUCCAGAUUUAGCAAAGCCGGGUGCUUUCGACACAGCUCUUCAGGGCGUCACCCAUGUCCUGCACAUAGCCUCGCCUAUGCCUGGCAAGGGCUCUGACUUCAAGUCCGACUAUCUAGCUCCUGCCGUACAAGGAACGAACAAUCUGUUGGAGGCUGCUAAGAACACGCCCUCAAUAAAGCGAGUUGUCAUUACUUCCUCAGUUCUCGCGAUGAUGCCGGCGGAGGGACUGAUCACUGGACAAUUCGAGGUUAAAGGCAAGUCUUUCAAAGGAUCCAGUCCAGAUAUUCAAGUCGAUCCUGACAUGCAGUUCCCAGCAGACCCGAGAGCCAGUGCUGGUCUGAUGUAUCACGCAUCCAAGGUGCUAGCCCACCGUGCCACCCUGGAGUGGGUGCAAAACAACAAGCCUGCCUUCUCCGUCGCUACCAUUCAUCCAUCAUUUGUUUUCGGUCGCAAUCUCACCAGGAAAGCUGGCGGCGAAGUGGACGGCUCCAACUCCAUGCUUUGGAACUCGCUACAGUCAGAGAAACCGCUCAUCCCCAUGGCCAGUGUGGAUGUGCGAGACGUCGCUGAAGCACAUCUGAGAGCGCUUAAAGUCGAAGGGAAAGCGUCUGAACUUGAGGAGUACAUUCUGAGCGCUCCUGAGGCGAAGGGAUGGACUUGGGAUAGUGUUGCGGAAUUCGCACACGAGAAGUACUCAGAUCUCGGCAUUAAGAUUCAAGGUACUUUUGGAAAGCCACCGCUAGUUGAGGCGAACCGUGCAAAGGACAUCCUGGGUAUCAAUUGGAGAGAUAUGAAGGAUACUGUUUCAUACUUCUUGGAUCAGCAAAGGGAAUUUAAAUCGCAGUUGUAA